UUGACUGAUCAGAGACGACGGCAUUCAUUUGCUUUGCAGGUUUUACGAUUCUGCGCACAGUCUCUCUCUCUCUCUCUCGCUCGCGUCACCAGGUGAUCGAUCGCCAUUGCCGUUCUCGCCGCCGCCGCCGCCGGCGAAGUCCGCCCUUGCGAUUCUGCUGACGCGCGAGAUGACGAAGAAGAAGAAGAAGCAGGACAAGCGGAAGAGGGAUAAGUACGAGGAGUCCGACGACUGGUGCUUCGUCUGCAAGGACGGCGGCGAGCUGAUCCUGUGCGACCACAAAGAUUGCUCAAAAGUUUAUCAUUCUGAUUGUGUGGGAAAGGAUGAUUCUUCUAUGCAGACUGGGCAAUCCUGGACUUGUGAUCGUCAUUCUUGCUUCAUUUGCCAUAAAACCACAAAGUAUUAUUGCUUUUGCUGUCCAAAUGCUAUAUGUGGACGCUGUGAUAGUGCUGCUGAGUUUGUAUCCGUCAGAGGAAAUGGAGGAUUCUGCCACGAAUGUUUGAAACUCAUUCUGCUUAUAGAAGAAAACGUGGAUUAUGACUCUGAUGGGGAUAAACUUGAUUUCAAAGAUCGAGAUACAUAUGAGUGUUUGUUUAAAGAAUAUUGGGAGAUAAUAAAGGAAAAGGAGGGCUUGACUUUAGAUCAUGUCUACUCGGCAGAUAUUCUGUUGAAGAAGGGAAAAGGGGGCAAGCAUGGUUCCUUUUCAGCUAAACUUUCCGAUAGUGAAGAAAUAUUUGAAUCAUUGUCUGAAAGUGAUGAGGACCGUUCAAGAAAAAAAUCAGCGAGAAAAGUGAAGGGUUCUAUUACUAUUGAAUUUGAAGGAUGGGGAUCAAAAACACUAAUUCACUUUCUCAAGUCCAUUGGUGAAGACACUACCAAACAGCUAUCACGGUGGAAUGUGGAUUCUAUCAUCUCUAAAUACAUCAAAGAGAAACAACUUUUUCAUCCCGAGAAAAAGAAGAAGGUUAUUUGUGAUGAAAGUCUGUAUUCUGUAUUUAGAAAGAAAACCAUUCACAAAAACCAAAUAUACUUUCUUCUGGAGCCACAUCUUAAUGAGGUUUUGGAGCUCUCAGAUGAGGAAGAAAGUGAUGAUGCUUGUGGUCUUAAUUUGCAAGAAACGAAUAGGAGCAACUUAGUUGCAAGUAAGCAUCAGAGAACCUCAUCCACUAACAGAUCCACUAACAGAAAACUUAAGGAAAAGGAGGUGGUUCGUAGGGUUCAAGAGAGCUGUUUUGCUUCUAUUAAUGAAGCUAAUAUCAAACUUAUUUAUCUGAGGAGGAGCUUGAUCCAAGAGCUAUUGAAGCAACCAGAUAGUUUUGAAGGCAAAGUAAUUGGAAGUUUUGUAAAAGUGAAAACAGAUCCAAGGGACUAUCUGCACAAGCGUCCAUACCAACUUUUGCAAGUUACAGGUAUAAAGAGAACCUCAACAGCCAACAAUCUUAAUAGAGAGAUUCUCCUCCAAGUAUUGGACAUGCCAUCAGAUGUCAACUUACAGAUGUUGUCUGAUGCGGACUUAACUGAGGAGGAUUGCGAGGAUUUGCAGGAGAAGAUAAAUUCUGGCCUUCUUAAAAAGCUUACUGUGGUCGAGCUUCGGGAGAAGGCUAAAAGUCUGCAUGAAGAUGUGAUUAAACAUUGGAUUCAAAGAGAGCUGGCCCGGCUACAAAAUCUUAUUGAACAAGCAAAUGAGAAGGGAUGGAGAAGAGAAUUAUAUCAAUAUUUAGAACAGAGGACGCUGCUUAAGAAUCCAUUGGAACAGGAACGGCUAAUAAAGCAAGAGCCGAAGGUAAUUCCAGAGAUGAUAGAGCACGAUCCUACUCCUUCCAGCUCUUCGGAGGUCGACGAAGAACAGAGCCCUGGCUCCCCGAGGUUGAUCCCCGAGGGAACGUCAACUUCUCUGUGAUCCUAACUGUCUGAACUGACAUUCCUUUGCCUGGCUGAGGAAGAAGAGGUGAUUUGGGGGGGUUUUGGUCUUACAAUUGAUUUAAGCUGGAGGUAGACAUGGGAGCUCAUGUUUUUCUGUGCGCGUGGCAGCCUAUCACAUUUUUUGCCUUGACCUGCGCUUGGCCUUGUAAAUAACGGCUCGGGUUGUACAGUGCGUAUUUAUGUUUUUGUGCAUAGGCAGAUUUGACUCUCUGCAUGUCUUGUUUUGAAGGGAGAGAUCUUCAAGAGGAUUUUCUUGGCAGCAAAAGGCCCUGAUGCUGAUGACAAUGCCAUUCUCUUGUGGA